GGGGCGGCGCGUCCCGGCGAUGGAAAGGGCGCGAAAUGCGCCGCUGCGGGGCGGCCGCUGAGGGUGCGUGAGCGCCUCUGGGUCGGGCGAGCGGUUCUGGCUCCGGCCGCCGCCGCUGCCUUCUGUCCCCGCCUUGCAGCGUCCUGAGUGUUUUUGGAUGUGAAGGAUGGACUUCUCAGUGAUUGCUAUUGGAGAGGUACAAAAUGUGCUUUCAGCUAUGCAGAAGAAUUUGGAGUGCCCAAUAUGCUUGGAUGUGAUAGAAGAGCCAGUUUCAACAAAAUGUGAUCACAUAUUUUGUAGGUUCUGCAUGUUCAAACUCCUCAGCAAAAAGAAAAAAGGUGUGGUACAGUGUCCUCUGUGUAAGACAGAAGUUACCAAGAGAAGUCUGAAAGAAAAUUCCAGAUUUAAGCAACUAAUUGAAGGAUUACUAGAAACUAUCCAUGCGUUUGAGCUUGACACUGGAGUAAAGUUUUUAAACAGUCAUCACUUUCCUAAAACAUCCACUGAAGCCACUGCUGCUGAGUUCCUGUGUAAAGAAGGUUCUGUCAUCCAAAGUAAGGGCUUCAGAAACAGGAAAAAAAGUGCUAAAGAAAAUGGACAAGAAAACUGCAUCUUGCAGGAAGCUAAUGUGGAUAUGCAGCUUACAGAUACUGGGGUCAGAAGGUGUUCCCUAAGAAACAAAACCCAGAAAUGUCGCUCUGAGAAGGGGAUUUAUAUAGAGCUUGGCUCUGAUUCAUCUGAAGAGCUUUUGAAACAGGCAAACAAUACUGGGUUAGAAGACAAAGUGCUUCAGAUUUUGUCUAAAGAGAAGCUAGAAAGACUGGAGAGUGCUGAGAGAGAGAAUGAAUAUUCCCGCAAUACACAGCCUGGCACGCCAGGUGCUGAAGAAAUAAUUCUACCAAAUGUCGUAGGUGAAAGUGAUUUCUCGAAGGAAAGCUUGAGCAAGAAAAGCACUCGCAGCAUUGAUGAACAUGCCAAACCUGGCCAAGUGAAUGUGACUGAAAACCAGAGUUCUCCUUUAAAUGUUCUUGGUGUAGACCUGCUCACAGAGCAGUGUGAUGGAGCAGGUAGUGCCAGUCCCUUAAGGAAUGGGGACACAUCUUUCUUUAAGAACACAGAAGGAAUGGGUGCAGAGCAAACUCAAUGCAAUAGUGAAAGCAAAGAGUUUGACUUAAAAGGUAGCUCAGAGUGCAGUUUGGAUAAAAGCAAGGAAAUGGAUAUUAUUGCACAAAAUGUAAAAGCUGCGGAAAUGUAUGAACCUGAGAGUGAUUCUCUCUGUGAAAAGGAACUUCCUCUGGAGAAACUACUUCAGCCAGAGACGCCUCACUGUGGUACCAUGAAUCAGGUUUCUAGGAAGAGACUGAAGCGAAGCAUUCAGAAAGUCAAUGAAUGGUUUUCAAAAAGCGACGACAUUCUGUCUUCCAGUUCUUCCCAGGAUGAUUCUGCUGGAGCAACUGAUGUUUCAGGUGAAGAAGAUCCAUGUUUAUCAGAUAAAGAUUCCUGUAUUUCAGAGAAGACUGACCCUAUGGUAGAUUCCAUGGCAAUUGCAGUGGUUGAAGGAAACAAGAGAUGGUCAAAAGAAACAGCAGAUAGGAUUGAAGACAAAAUAUUUGGGAAAACAUACAAGAGAGGGAGGAAGUCAAAUCACCCUAUUAUCUUGAGAGACAUUUUACCUACUACAAAAAAGGAAGAUGUGGCUGCUUAUGACAAGUGCUUGAAUAAUUCCAGUAAAGAUGGACUGAAACGAAAAAGGAAGUCUUCCUAUGUCCUGCAACCUGAGGAUUUCAUUAACAAAAAAGUUACAGAAGAGGCAGAUGGGUGCCCUCAAAGUGUUAACCUUGGAGAUGCAGAAAAGAAAAGAUGUGAUGAAAGUUCUGCUGUUAAUGAGAGUCAGGUCUCUGAAAAUAGAGUGGAUAGUACACCAGCAGAACUUGAGGAAGGAGGAGGAUCCAUAUGGAAAACAGCUACUGAAAAGGUGGCUGGCAAGCACUGUGAUGGGGAGCUGGAACUGAGUCACUGUGAUCAGAAAAGCACUAAGAAAGGUUCUGCAGCAAAAAGAUGCAGACGUUCUGCUAGAAGCAUGUGUGUUCUACAGCUAGUGGAUAGAAACUCUCUUUCCCCUGACCCAGAAGAGCCACAGAUUGACAGUUAUCCAAGCAGUGGGGAACCAAGGAAAGGGGGUUCUGAGCAAAGACAAGUCAGGCGCAGCAGGAGGCUUCGGUUACUUUCUGAAGAAAUUACAAAAACUGGAAAAGGAGCAGUAAUUAAGGGAGUAAGAAAGUAUGACAGUGAUCAUGAAGGAUCAUCCUUUGCAGUCCAGAGGAGUGUGUUAGUUCACAGUUCUGAAUGCAAAGCCCUGUGUGAGCCCCCAGGUACACUGAGUUAUGAGCCACUCACUAAUCUAAAGGGUGAUGAUCUGGAAAGGAAUGGAAUACAGGUUAAUCUAAAGAAUUCAUCUGACACUGCAGCAACUGGAAAAAGUCUCUUCAACCCAACAUCUUCAUGUCAGCAUUCAAAUUGUUGUUCCUUUGCACCUGAUGUAGGUUCUCCAGAAGGUGAAAUACUCCGCAGCCCUGUUGUCCCACAGUCUCCUUCAGUGACUUCGGUGCAAGCUGCUUCCCACCCAGCUGAAGUGGUGACUGAACCAUGUGCUGCUGCUCCCCAGGACAGUGGACGCGACACACAAAAUGUUCCAGGAGACUUUGGAACUGAGAAGUUGCCGAUGGCUGAAAAAGUUUUGGAAUUGACCAAGGAAGCUGAAGAUAGCGAGUUAGACACACAGUAUCUGCGGAAUAUAUUUAGGCAUUCAAAACGUCUGUCCUUUAGCCUUUAUCCUACUCCCGUGAAAGCGUGUACAGGAGAGGAUGCUGCUUCUGCAACUUUAAAGAUAUCAUGUGCUGAAGGGGCAGAAAAUAAGCAUAGCAAAUACUUAAAAACAAAAGACUUGCAAGAAGAGACUACAACUGUUGAAAGAUUGAGUAGAGUUUGUGAGAAAGAGAAGCUUAAGACACAUGAAUCUGCUUGUGUUAAUCCCUUGACUUGCUUUGUCAGCAACACUGACCGUAUGUGCACUGGGGAACAUCGGGAAGGUGUUUCACAGGUUGCAAGUCAAGGGACUCUGACAGCAGUAAGAACGGGUACUGCUAAGGCUGAAAGCAACAACAAAUUGCACAACAAAUCGCAAAAAGGAGAGCAAGGAAACAAAGACACAGUGUCAGCUGAUGUAGGGAUAGAAUGUGAGCUGAGACAGAAUCCAGCCAAAAGUAAUAGAAGCCAGAGUGAUCAGAGUAACAUGGAAGAGAACACUUUCAAGAGAACUGAUUUAAACACAGGUGAUGAAAUAUGCUUUGGUUCAGAAAACGAUCAAGGAGGAAGGGCCAAAAUUGUUGACAGCAAAGGACCAAUACUGCAUUUUCAGUCCAGAUCAGUGAUUUGUUCUGUGACUUGUCAGCAAAAGCCUGCUGAAUUCAGCCGUGAAGUCCUUUUGAAAAAAAUUAGCAGAAGAGAAAGAAAAGGGGAUGAAGAACAAGCAACCCAAGCUGGUAGCACAGGGAUGCCUGAGUGUUUAGCCACAGAGGCUCUAGAAGAGCCUCUUAAAGGGAACAGUGAUUUUACAGGUUUGUCUGAAACCUCUGAUGGCUUACUGUGCUCUGAUGAGAUCGAAGAGAACACCAGCUUUUCUGAAAUUGAUAGGAGAGAGAGAUCUGCUGUGUUUGUAAGAGGAUGUGACAAUGCCCUGGUAAAAGAACCAAACAAUAGAGAUGUUAGUUCUAAGCCAAGAUCUCAAGGUAUUCAAAGAUCUCGAAGGAGAGCGCGGAAACUGCAAUCUUCAGAUGAAGAAUCUAGUGAGGAUGAAGAUUUCCCAUGUUUUCAGACAAUGCUCAGCAAAUCAGUAAGCACGCCAUUGCAGAUAAAUAAACAAGUGACAUCUGUGAAAGAGUCUUCAGUAAGUCCCAUCACAUCACCUCACAGUGGAAGUGAUGAUGACAAUGUGCAGGAAAUGCCUGAAGCUGCCCUAAGUAACAGGUGUGUUUCACCAAACGAGGGGUCAGAACACUCGGUCAACUUAUUUUCUUCCCAGUCCAACUUGUCUGAAGAAUCAGUUGAUGGAGCACAAGAGCUGGAGAAAUCUUCGAUACAAAUUCAUACAUGCAGACAAGUGAGCAGUGUGAAUGAGGGUGAAGAAACAUCUCAAAGUUGUAAUGGAGGUCUGAAGAGAAGCAAAACUAACUUCAGAGAUGAAUGCCAAGAAGACCCAACCAUGGGAGCCAACCAAGGUGAAGCAUCUGGAUAUGACAGUGAAACAAGUUAUGUAGAAGAUUCAUGUGGACCGUUCUCUCAGGGUGAAAUUCUUACCACACAGCAGAAGAAUGCUAUGCAAAGUAACUUAAAAAAACUUCAGCAAGAAAUGGCUGAACUUGAAGCAGUGCUAAAGCAGCAUGGAAGUCAGGCCUGUGAAUUUUUACCUAUCCCGUCCAGUAGUGAAGGAACACUUGGAAUGGAACAAAUGAGACAAGAGAGAGGAGCAGAGUCAACCUCAGAGGGAAAUGUUGAAAAACACAAAUGCAGCAGUUCAAAGGGAUUUUCAGCCAAUGAUUUCCAUGUUAUAUCAAGUGAUUCUCUCAACAGUAAAAUUAAAGAGUUAGAAAGGUCUCCAGAAUUGUUGUUUCCACCUUCUAAAUCCUGUUUGUUAAAGAGACCAGAUUUGGAGAAACAUCUUCAGUGUGAUGGUGUUCUGAAGAGCAAAGCUUCUUCUGGGAAGAUAAAACCUGUGCAGGAAGCAGGGCAAGACUAUAGUCACUGUCCUCUUGAAGCAGAAAACACAGAUGAGCAGAAAUCUGGGACCAGGCUAAACAGCACAUCUGUCUUAUCAAAUCUCUCUGGAAAUGUGACCAGGAGCCCAAGUAACUCUUCCUCCUCUGUAAGGGUGCUUAGCCCUCGAGCUGCAGAAGCAACAAAUAGUUCUGUUGUAGCUCAAGAUGCUAAUAAAAGCUGUGCUCAAGACUGUAAAUUGAAGAGAACUGUGUGUGUUCCUGUAUCUGGUCUGCACAAUGCAGCUGGGAAAGAAAAUGCUACAAGUACAGUUGUGACUAACAGGAGAGAAAUGUCAAUUGUUGCAUCGGGUCUGAAUCAAAGUGAAUAUUUGGUGGUUCGGAAGUUUGCAAGAAAAACUCAGAGCACUUUAUAUAAUCACAUUACUGAAGGAACGACUCAUGUCAUAAUGAAAACAGAUAAGGAGCUGGUGUGUGAGCGGACACUGAAGUACUUUCUGGGUAUUGCAGGAAGAAAAUGGGUAGUUAGUUAUCAGUGGGUAAUUCAGUCUUUCAAAGAAGGAAGGAUACUGGAUGAGGAAGACUUUGAAGUUAGAGGAGAUGUAAUCAAUGGGAGAAACCACCAAGGUCCUAAGAGGGCUAGACAGUCUCUGACUGAAAAGAUCUUUAAAGACUUUGAGAUCUGUUGCUAUGGACCUUUUACUGAUAUGACUACAGAACACCUAGAAUGGAUGGUGGAGCUUUGUGGUGCCUCUGUUGUGAAGCAACUUCAUCUGUUCACACACCCAACAAGUUCUACUGCUGUCGUGGUUGUGCAGCCAGAUGCUUGGAUGGAAAACACAGACUAUAGAGAAAUCCAGCAAAAGGACAAUGUUGCCAUGGUGACUCGAGAGUGGGUAUUAGACAGUGUUGCUUGCUAUGAGUGCCAGGAGUUGGAAGCUUACCUUGUGUCCUGAGGGUGAUCUGCAGUUCUUUUCCCAUUACUCAGAAAUUCUCAUCAGUGCUGAUAGCUUAGUAAUUAUUUUAAGGACUGAGAAUUUUUAAGUCACUUCUACAGAGAUUAUGUGCAUGUAGUGUUCUUGUUCAGAGUAAAAUAACUAUAUUUUUAUUAAAAAAUUACUUAAACAACACUACCAUAUAGAGAGGAAUUACCAGCUGUUCUUUAAAGAUUAAGAUUUCUCAUUUCAAAAUAGUCCUUUAAUGUAAAACAAAGUUUUAAAAGUUAAAAAAUUUAGCACAUGGUCUCCUCAAGGAGAUGGUGAUGUGUUAUUUACCAUUGCAGUCAGUUCCCGUUUAUGUACUCGAGGACAUUUGGGAGACAGUCAUUUAAAAGAGUAAUAUUGGGCUCAAGGCUUGAAUUAGAAUGUAUUUGCACUCCUGAGUAACCUCCAUCCUUUCAUUUUGGAUAAAUAACCCACCCGGAAUAAUAAGGGUGUAUACCAGUACAAUGGAAUAUUAUUUUGUAAUUACAAACACAUUGGCCUGGUUAAUCUUAAGACGUGGAUUAUAGUUGUGUUGAAAACUAUACAAACAGCUCUUCUGUUGCGUAUAAAAGCGUCAACUUGCAUUAACCAGAAGAAUUAUCUGCAAGUACAGCCCCUGAAAAGCCAACACUUUAAUUUCAGUAUAAAUCAAUCCUUAAAACCACAGGCCUGUACCAGUGUGGUGUCAAUCUUAUUUCUGAGAAGUGUAUGUGGCACCUAUGGAGAGAUAAUAAACAGAUGCACUUUAGUAUCCCAGUGACCUAUAAUAAGUUCCCUAAGAAUCUGCUUCUAAUAGUCCCUGCCUGCAAAAUGAGAUUGCAAAGAAAAUUGCUUUUUAUGGAA